UCCCGCACCAUGCUGCCGAUCCGCGGCUGAGCUCGCCUGCACCCCGCUCUGGCGUGGGGGGUCCCGCCGCCGCCUCCUCCCCCAGCAGCAGCAAACCUGGUCUGCUUUGGAGAGGGUCCUCGGAGAGCAGACGAAGCAGCAUGGAGAACCAGAGCAGAUUAAGAAUGACUGUCAAGGCUAUAAAAAUGUUGUGCACCACCCCAAAUAUUUAUACUAAAGUGCCUGAUGGAGGAUGGGGAUGGACUGUUGCUUUUGCUUUCUUUGUUGUGGAAGCACUUACAUACGGUAUUAUAAAAUCAUUUGGAGUCUUCUUUAAUGAUUUGAUGGAAAGCUUUGAUGAAACCAACAGCAGGAUAUCGUGGAUAAUUUCAAUAUGUGUGUUUGUACUAACUUUUACAGCUCCCUUGUCUACAGUCCUGAGUAACCGUUUUGGUCAUGGUCUUGUGGUGAUGGUCGGAGGGAUACUGAUCAGUACUGGAAUGGUCGCAGCCUCCUUUGCACGCACAGUUGUCGAGAUGUAUAUCACGAUUGGCCUAAUUUCUGGCUUGGGCUACUGUCUGUCUUUCCUCCCGACUGUCACCAUUUUGUCACAGUAUUUUGACAAACGGCGUUCACUGGUCACUGCAGUGGCAUCCACAGGAGAAUGUUUUGCUGUCUUCUCUUUUGCGCCAGCUAUCACCUCAUUGAAGGAGCAGAUUGGUUGGAGAUACAGUCUCCUGAUUGUUGGGGUGCUACAGUUAGGCAUUGUCAUCUGUGGAUUACUGCUGCGGCCUAUUAUUAUCCAAGCACAGGAAGAAGUGAAAGUGUUACCAACAGAAGAGCAAACAGAGACUAAGUAUAUGCUUGAAAAUGAGCAAACACGCACCUCAAUAGAUUCAAUUGACUCAGGAGUAGAAGUAUCUACCUCACCCAGCAGUGUGCCUGGAAACACCAAAGCAGAGCUGAAAAGUGAAGAACCAAAGGAAACCAUACAGAUGCUUGUUGAAGCUAGCAGCUCCCCUAAAGAACCAAAAAUCCAACUCCUGGACUUCUCUGUGAUGAAAGACCACGGCUUUAUUUGUUAUGCACUUUUUGGUCUAUUUGCUACUCUGGGAUUCUUUGCUCCAUCACUCUACAUCAUUCCUCUUGGCAUCAGUCUUGGUAUCGAUAAGGAUCGUUCUGCAUACAUAUUGUCUGCAAUGGCCAUUGCUGAAGUCUUUGGAAGAAUUAGUGCCGGUUGGGUCCUCAACAAGAAGCCUAUCCGCAAGAUUUACAUUGAACUCAUAUGUGUCAUUCUGCUCUCCAUAGCUCUGUUUGCCUUCCCUCUUGCCUAUGAAUUUUGGGGACUGAUGAUAUGUAGCAUAUUUUUUGGGUUCAUGCUUGGAACUGUAGCGGGCACACACAUUCCAAUGUUAGCCGAAGAUGACGUGGCUGGUAUAGACAGGAUGUCUUCUGCAGCAGGAGUAUAUGUCUUCAUUCAGAGUUUAGCUGGGUUGGCUGGACCACCCCUUGCAGGGGUGCUAGUGGACGUGACACAGAACUACAGAUCAGCAUUCUACUCCUGUGCUGCUGGUAUGGUACUGGGUGCCGUGUUUCUGUCCUUAGUAAGACCAUGCAAGACAGUACUGUGUCAAGGUCAGAAGCAGGGCUUAGAAGAAAAUGCAUCAGAAGCUUUACAAGACAUACCCGAUGACUUUAUUGAAAUGGAUCUUGGAAAAACAGAUGAUUCAGUAAGAAGCUGUGAUAGCAUAGCAUGAAAAAGCUGGUCCUUAUAAAUCCAAUACGCUCUUUGUUAAAUCUGGGAAAAACAAGUCAGCUCUGCUCCAUGUUCUAAAACUAUACUUCAAAGGGAAUGCAACAUUUUAAUGUGAAAAAGUUGCCAUCAACUAUUUUGGAAAGAUUGCUUUUAUUUUUUUUAAACCAGCAAUGGUAGGUUCCAUAUGAGAGAUGGCCACGCAUUGCUAGCUACAUAAGAAUACUCCUGUCCCGCAUGAAGAGAUGUGGUUCACAUUUCUGCUUUCCUAAUACAUGACACAUAAAAGUUCUAUGCUCUUAAGUGGAAAACAAAGUUGUAUGAAAGAAAAUCAGAAGUGGCCCCUACAACUAAAUCUAUUAGGUCACAGUCUUUUGUGAUUGCCUGGCAGGCUUUCCAAACUGUAAAUCUUACUCAAUCAACAGAAUAAAUAAUGCAGAAGAAAUUAUUUAAUAAAUAAAUAUAAUUUGAACUCGAGCUUUCUAUCAGAAGGACAUGGACUCUUGUUUCAGAUCAUUGUAACAAGACCUGGGGGCAGUAGGGUAGGCUAAUUAGUUAAAGUAGAAUUACUGGUAAAUUGUUUUUUAGUUAACUUGAAUUUUGUAAAUGCUGGGAAGUUGGAGGUUACCACUUAUUUUUAUGGCCAGUUAUUACUGCAGAUAUUUCACUCUAAAGUUAUUUCUCUACAAACUAGCAUCCUAAGAAUCGUUUCCUGUUGCUAGCAAGAUGUAUUGUCUUUAAUUUAAACCAGUAUUUAUUAUUUAAGUUAUUCUAGGAUUGUUAAAGGCUAUCAGAUAAAUAAUUUGAAUUGGAGAGAAAAAAAUAUCUGAUUUAGCAGAAAACCUUUUUACCUCUUUGCAUCAACCCUUUCAAUGCCUAUCUUGUAAACUCAGUUUUGUUUUGAAAAUCACAGGUUGUUGUGAAUGCUGCCUGAUUUUACUAUGGUGGUCUUAAACAACUAUGCUCUUAAAAUAAUUCUGUGGUAAACUGAAUGUGAGAUACUAUCCAUCUUUUAAUAGACUGUAGGUCAUAGGCUCAGCUGCUGUAAACUGAUAUAGCUCCACUGAAUAACACUAGCUGGGAAUCUGGUCCUGUAUGAUUAGCACCUAAACAUACCUACAACUUUCACUUACCACAGCUGCACAUAAAGGAAUCUUUGUAGCACUACUGAAUUAACAUGAAUAAAGUCAGUGCAGCUAAUAUGAAAUAGUAAAGGCACUUGACCAUUACCAGUAACAGUUUACGUUAUUAGAAUACAAUCUGUGUGUUCUUAAGCUUCUGUAGGCAUCAAAUAACUGGUCUUCUACAAUGGAAAGAAAAUCACUGUGGGCACUACUUUGUUCCCAUUGAAGUCAGUGAGUUUUUUGCCACUCACUUCAGUGACAGCAGAAUUGGGUCCUUAUUGUGUUUUGUGUUUUAUUACCCACAAAGAAGGGAAUUCUGAAAGACAACAAACCGGCUGUUC